AUGGAAGGUCAAUUUAUUGCAGAUAAAGAAAUUGGUUCAGGUUCCAAUAAAACAAACCCACCAGGAUUUUGGAUUGGUUUCGAUGACGCUUUCUAUGCAGUUGCUGGAUAUCAAAUCCUUGCAAAUGGUCGUAUCGUAUAUUCUCAAGACAACGCAAGAGAAGAAGCAUAUAUAACUUCAAACUCACAAACUACCGAACAAAUAAAGAAAGUAGAUGUUUUCUCAAAGACUCGACAUGAAGAUGUAUGGAGUCAUUCGGGAACAUGCAGAACAGGACAAAUUGUUAGUGGUCCAAUUACAGCAGGAAAAUCAUUUGAUUUUAAGCUUCGUUUAAGAAUUCCUGUUAGAAGAUUCCUUCCAUUAGAAGCUAUAAGAUUUAUUCCUGCAUUUGCUGGUAACAUUCAGCUUAAAGUAAAGUUCAGUAGCGACGCCUUACAAUGCACAUCUAUAUCUGUAAAUGAUAUCAUUGCUUUCAAUCCAACUCUUAAAGUUGCAUUUGCUUCAGAUUCAAAUCCACCGACAAAUAAAUUUGUUCCAUGGAAUGAACCAUUCACUAUGAUAACGAAGGCAGUAGAAGCUAGUGGAACAGUUACUAUUACAACUGUAAACCAGCAACUAUUUCGAACAAAGAUGGAUUUUAAUGAAUGUUUCAUUCAUCCAAAGUCAUUCUCUUUAGACCCUAACAUUUAUACAGAACUU